UCUGAUUAUUCCCCCCUCCCAACCUCACUAGUCCCACACGGCACCCACACCUGACCCCUGCCACCCCUGUCAUCCUCCACCCGUAGGACUUCUAGUCCAGUCACAUAACCUCCCCAGCACCAACACCAUACCUAGUGUCUCCUUCUACUUUUGUUCCAGCCACACUAAGCACACACUAAGACUCGCCCACAGUCCUCUGUCCUCUUCAGAGAUCUGCUCUUUACCUACUGGCUGCUCGCCAAGUCCCAUGGCUACAGGAGGUCAUGCCCCUGAGACAGAUGUGUUGAUCAACCUACAACAGGUGAAGGUGGAGGAGGAAGAUGAAGAAGGAUCUGCGGAGGAACAGGAUGAAGAAGAGGAGGAGGAGAACUGGGAGAAGGCGCUGUCUGUGGAGCGCUUUGGAGACAUUAUCAGUGACUCUGCUUCGACCAGUGGAGACAGGAUGGGCCGACACUACACCGAGAAAGACUUUGAGUAUCACAGACACACAUUUCACCAUACGCACCACCCCUUGUCCACUCACCUGCCCCUGCCCCAGCGUUUACGCAAGAGGGUGCACAGCACGGACAGAAGGCGCAAAAAGAAGCGGAAGAAAAAAAAGACCUCUCUGCCCCCCUCCGAUGUUACACCCACCAUCCACGAAGUAGAUGAGGAAGAGGCGGAGUCUGAGACAGACGGACUCGGGGCGGCUGCCACGCCCACAGAGCUACUUGAUAUCCAACCAGAGUUUAGUUUGGGGAGCCAAGAGGACUUGGAGGAACCCCUUCCGCUCACUACUUUCCACACGGAAAACGAAGAACAUCCAUUGUCGAGGAAAGCUUCACUCACUCUGAUAAAGGGGGCAGCUCAUAAUGGGGGAAUCGCUGUUCUUGGCCAGAGUGAGGAGGUGGAUGGGGAGGAAGUGGAUUGCAACAGCGUUCCCGCAGAAUCAGAUCCCUCAAACUCAAACACGACCCGCGGCUGGUUCCGCAGGAAGCCCGUCCACCAUCGCCUGCCAGGUGCCCAGCGGAGCAACUACGACCUGCGGGAGCGGAUCUGCAUUGGCAGUAUGACUGCUCUGGAGACUGCCGUCUACCAGCAGGUGCCCACUGACGAGGCUGAGGCCCAGAUGUUGGCCAGCGCUGAUCUGGAUGACAUGAAAAGUCACAGAUUUGAGGACAACCCUGGGGUGAGACGCCACCUGGUAAAGAAGUCGUCCCGAUGUCAGGUGACCCGGGCCAGUAACAGUUCCACGCCACUGUCCAGCCUGAAGAAGAAGAAGAGAGCUGCAGAAAAGAAAACUCAUGAGUUGUUUGUGGAGCUGAACGAGCUGAUUGUGGAGAAGGAUCAUGAAAUGCGCUGGAAGGAGCGGGCUCGCUGGAUCAAGUUUGAAGAGGAUGUGGAGGAGGAGACGGACCGCUGGGGCAAACCUCACGUGGCCUCACUCUCCUUCCGUAGCUUGCUGGAGCUUCGUCGCACCAUCACACAGGGUGCCAUCCUUCUGGACCUGGAGCAGAACACUCUGCCUGGCAUCGCUCAUCUGGUGGUGGAGACGAUGAUUAUCUCUGAUCAGAUCAGAGCUGAGGACAGGCCCAGCGUUCUUCGGGCUCUGCUUCUCAAACACAGCCAUCCGAGCGAUUUCAAACACCGCUUUCACCGCCACCACUCAUCCGGCAGUCUUCAUGGCAGCUUCAAUCACAACCACGUCCAUGACACCAGUUUGCCACUAGUGGCUGAAGAGCACGAUGAACACCAGGAUAACAAAGGGCCAGUAUACGACCCCAAACAAGACGUGUUUGUCAGCCUGUUUAAAUCCCUCCACCCUCUGCCUCCUGAGAGCCAUCCAGCUGCAGCCAGAUCGAUGAAACUGCUCGCCAAGAUUCCCAAAGAUGCUGAAGCUGUCAUCGUUUUAGUUGGCUGUGUUGAGUUUCUGGAGCAGCCAGCCAUGGCCUUUGUUAGGCUAAACGAGGCUGUGCUUCUGGAGUCGGUGCUGGAGGUCCCUGUCCCUGUUCGCUUUAUUUUUGUCUUGCUGGGCCCUAGCCAGUCCAACAUGGACUAUCAUGAGAUUGGCCGUUCCUUCUCCACUCUAAUGUCUGAUAAGAACUUCCAUGAGGUGGCCUACUUUGCUGACGACAGACAGGACCUCCUGAAUGGCAUCAAUGAGUUCUUGGACUGCAGCAUUGUCAUUCCACCCUCAGACGUGGAGGGCAAAGACCUCCUGAAAACAGUGGCCGACUUCCAGAAGCAGAUGCUGCGCAAGAGGAAGGAAAGAGAGCUUAAAAAGCACCACUCCUCAUUUGGAAUGGUGCAGGACAACAAAGAGGUGAGUCCAGAGGAAGAGGAGGAGGGAGACCAGGAGGUGGACCCAUUAAAGCGCUCAGGGAUCCCGUUCGGAGGCCUGAUCCAUGACAUCCGGCGUCGCUACCCACACUAUGUCAGUGACUUAAAAGAUGCCCUGGAUAUGCAGUGCAUUGCUGCCGUCAUCUUCAUCUACUUUGCGGCACUUUCCCCUACUAUAACCUUUGGAGGCCUGCUGGGGGAGAAAACAGAAGGCAUGAUGGGAGUGACUGAGCUUAUAGUUUCGACUGCAGCUCUUGGAAUUAUAUUCUCACUGCUUGCCGGUCAACCCCUUCUCAUCAUCGGCUUCUCAGGACCCUUACUGGUGUUUGAAGAAGCCUUCUACAAGUUCUGUCAGGCUCACAACUUUGAGUAUCUGACUGGUCGAGUAUGGAUCGGCUUCUGGCUCAUCUUCAUCGUCCUGGUCAUUGUGGCAGCAGAGGGCAGCUUCCUUGUCCGCUACAUCUCGCCCUUUACCCAGGAGAUUUUUGCUUUCCUCAUCUCCCUCAUCUUCAUCUAUGAGACUUUCUCCAAGCUCUUCAAGGUGUUUAAAGAACAUCCACUGAUGGCAAUGUAUCCGAGUGACUCCACCCCAGCUACUGAGCUUCAAGAUGGUGAUGGCCCCGUCUUCAACCAGCCCAACACUGCUCUUCUCUCUCUGGUCCUUAUGAUGGGCACUUUCUUUGUUGCUUUCUUCCUCAGGAAGUUUCGAAACAGCCGAUUUUUAGGUGGCAAGGCCAGAAGAAUCAUCGGGGACUUUGGCAUCCCAAUCUCAAUUCUGGUUUCAGUGUUGGUGGAUUACUCCAUUACUGACACUUACACACAGAAACUCAAUGUGCCCUCAGGCUUUUCAGUCACAUCCCCUGAAAAGAGAGGUUGGUUCAUCAGUCCCUUUGGUGACAAGCAGCCCUUUCCGACCUGGAUGAUGGGAGCAAGUGUUGUGCCUGCCCUUCUUGUCUUCAUCCUCAUCUUUAUGGAAACUCAGAUAACUUCAUUGAUAGUCAGUAAGAAGGAACGUCGCCUUGUUAAAGGCUCAGGUUUCCACCUGGAUCUGCUGCUCAUCGUAAUCCUGGGUGCCAUCUGUCCCCUUUUCGGCCUGCCGUGGCUCACCGCGGCCACUGUGCGCUCUGUCACUCAUGUCAACGCACUCACGGUCAUGAGCAAGGCCACGGCCCCUGGCGAAAAGCCCAUGAUCCAGGAGGUGAAAGAGCAGAGGCUGACCGGGCUUCUUGUGGCUGUGCUUGUUGGUAUGUCCAUGGUGAUGACAGACAUCCUCCGCCUCAUCCCUCUGGCUGUGCUCUUUGGUAUCUUCCUGUAUAUGGGGGUCACCUCUCUGACGGGCAUCCAGCUGUACGAACGCAUCACUCUAAUGGUCACGCCUGCCAAGCAUCACCCUGACCACAUCUACGUCACCAAGGUGAAGACAUGGCGGAUGAAUAUGUUCACCAUCAUCCAGCUGGCGUGCAUCGUGGCUCUGUGGGUAGUGAAGUCUACUGUGGCCUCCCUAGCGUUCCCCUUUGUCCUCAUCAUGACGGUGCCGCUGCGCCGCCUCAUCCUCUCCCGGAUCUUUGAGGAGCGUGAGCUCCAGGCGCUGGAUUGUGAUGAAGAUUCUCCCAACUUUGAUGAAGACGGACGAGAUGAGUACAACGAGAUCCACAUGCUUGUGUAA